UCGGUCUGGGACCGCAGUGUGUCCGUCCAUCUCUCAGGAAAAUCUGCCGUCAGAAGGACUGAACUCAUGAAAACAGCGUGGAGACGGAUCGCCCGCAGGAGUUGUUACCUUUUCUUUUCCUUUCUUCUCAUACUGUGAGCUUGUUUUGUGUCAUACUGCAUCAGACCGGCGGGUUGCAACGCGGCUUUCCCGGGAUCGACUCUCCUUUCGAGGUUCCAAGAUGAACUUCGGUCCGGUGGUCGACAAACUUUACGUGUCGGUGGCGGUGCUAUUCAUUGGGCUCGGUUGUCACGCAGCAGAACCCCCGGCAGCGCAGUGGUCCAGUGACGAGUACAGAAACGUCAGCGUUGGACGGGCCAGGAGCUGCGUGGAAAACAAGCAGUACCUUCACCAGGGGCUUUGCUGCCUCAACUGCCACGCAGGAACUUUCGUGCAGAAACCCUGUGAAAAAGACCAAGAACAAGGGACAUGUCAGACCUGCGAGCAUGGACAGACCUACACAGAGCACUCCAACGGGAUGUACCGCUGUUUGCCCUGCACCCACUGUCGCCCAGAUGAGACUGAAACUGCAUCCUGCACCAUAACUACAGACACCACGUGCCAGUGCAAACCAGGUACCUUCUGCGUUCCAGAUCAGGCCUGUGAAGUCUGCAAACGCUGCGCCAAGUGUAAGCCAAGUGAGGAGGAGGUAAAGAAAUGCACUCCUUUUUCUAAUACUGUGUGCCGAAAACGGGAUCCGUUUCCUGAUGAAGUUGCUCCGAAACAACCUUCGCCUACUGCAGCUUCUCCGACGAGUAUAGCCAUUCCGGUAGUCAUCGUCAUCAUUAUCAUCAUCUGUUGUAUCGGGCUCGCCGUGUGGUGGUUCGGAUUCAAGACACAUUCCUGUGAAAUGCCAUGGUCAAACAGCCACUGUGACUCCAGUGAAAUCGUGAAGAUUCCCAUCGACGAGAGCGGCAGCACGGCCGAGGAGAGGCAGAACAAUCAAAACGCCGGUCUGGAGGGCGUGGAGAAUCGGCAGGAGUCACGGCCGCUGCUGCAGGAGACCCAGCCCGGGAUGACCAAGGCCUCCUCUCCCAUCGAAGACGACGACCGGGGACUCGGGGACAGCUUGCCCAACACCACCAGUUCAUCUCAGACAAGUCUGUCAGCCCUUCCCACGGCCACAUCCCCAGGAAACACCCCACACCAGAGCCCCACAUCCUUCAGAGUACUAACUCCAGACGUGGACGACCCUCUACGACAUCGACUGGUGCCUCUACAAGGGUCAGAAAAGUCCUUGAGGAAGAGCUUCGACUUGUUCGACGAGCACUUGGACGUGCGAAUCCACAACAAGUUCUUCCGAACGAUCGGCGUCAGCGACAACCAGAUUCGGAUCGCGGAGAACGGCGCCGCCAGCGACAAAGUCUAUGAGCUGCUGAAGAACUGGAGGCAGAGGCAGGGACUGAAAGCUGACAUCAACGACCUGCUGCAUGCUUUGCUAGGCCUGGAUCAGCGGCGUUCGGCGGAGUUGAUCGCCACUGCCGCACUCAGGAAGGGCUACUACAAACAUGCGCUGUGAAGGCUGAGGCGCCACGGACUCAAGAGCGACUCGAACACCAAGUACUCAUCACGCGAUCAGCUAAAUUUCGAAAGAAACAAAAAGCACACUGACACCGCCGGCGGUCGGCAUGUCUCAUGAACAGGCUUACCUCGCUGUGGCCGAGCCGCCACGCAUCCAAAAGCCAGUAGUUUUUGUUUUUUUUGUUUUUUUUUUUUAAUUAAAAAAAAGAGAAAAGAAAAAUGCAAAAAAGGGGAAAGUCGAGCUGGAUCGGUCGGCAGUCCGAAGAUGUUGACUACUUGCCAAAUGCUGAAGUUUGUCCAUGAAAGCAACGCAGAAGUUUUGCAACUUUACUACUUUAAACAACCACAAGAAUGCAAAAAGAAAAGAAGCGCCAGCUUCUGCGUGGCAGUAAAGGAUGCACGUCUUAAACGCUUGAGGAGCUGCGUGCAGCCAAACACUGAAAGCCCAGAAGUCUCCGGCGGCACGGCGCUCACCCGGAUCUCCGGGAGACGCCAGCGGGAGACGACGACGUACACUGGUUUGUAGGAGUGGCAUUAGCUGUGUCACUAAUACCGUGCCUCUGUGAUGCACUGACCUCUGGCACAUGUUUUUUUGUAGAUUUAGACUUCUUACAUACCACAUUAUACUCUAUUUCAGUCCAUGAACCUUUUUUUUCUGACUAACGAUCGGAAAAUAUUGAUGAAUAUUAACACAAACCCCUACUAAUCACACCCUCAUCCUUUGUGUGACACUCACUAGCAUUUAAUGUUUUCCUCCAACUUUAAUGUCCCUCGAAGUUGAUGUUUUAGUCCGUCAGCUGUAUUUUUAUUUUUUAAAUCUGUUCAGUGUUAUCAAUCGUGCGAUGUCGUCGAAGGAAUUUCACCAGCCGUUUUUUUUGUUUGCUUUUUUUUUUUUGUCAGAAAACUGUUAACAGUUGAGUCGUAACGUUUCCUCAGAACCUGGUGAACUUCAGAGGUCAUUUUAUUUAUUGACAUAUUUAUUGAAAUGAAUGAUAAUUAUCUGAAUAUUUAUGCCACGACCGAACGACCCUGGAAGACACACAGACACUGUGCUAUGAUGAUGUUUGGCUGCAGGGCCAGAAAAAAAAAAGAAACAAAAAUGACUGAGUUCAAGUUGCAGUAGAAACUUGUCGUGUUUCACUCUGUUCCUGCACCGGUGGUGUUUGUGUGGUCUUUCUUCAAGUUUCCCUCGUUAGCCCUCAAUCAGGACGUCCGCAACUAUUUUGCCAUGCCGAAUGCAGAAUGUAUCAUUUUUAUUAAAUUGGCGUUGAAGUGAAGUCGGAUCUCCACGUCGUCCUUCUACGCAUGUCAGCGGCGACAUGGGUGCAGGUACGGAUGUUUUUGUCUUGCUUCGGCACAGUAAGGAUGAAGGAAACCUUUUUCUGGAUUUUAUCGUCUUUUUUUAGGGUUUUUUUUUUUUGUUUUUUUU